AAGCAGAGGGGCUGGGACCGUGGAGGGGGCGGGUCUCAGCCUCAACAUCCAGUUCAGUCUGGAACAAAGCAGAUCUCCAGGAAACCUUGUGUGGGUCACUCUGGGCACUUCUCACCCAUCUGGAAGCAUGAUCUUCACUCCCUUCAUUCCACCUCCUCAACCGACUGUGAGAAACGCGCAAAAAGAAUCUGAGGAAGGUGAUAUCUUUCCUAACACCAUGGAGAACAUGGAGAACUUCUCCAGUGGCCCAGGCUGGCUCAUGCUGCCUUUUCCUCCACGAAGGUCAUGGAAGAGCAGAUUCCAGACAGUGCUGCCACGUGUGACCAGAUUUUUCAGGAGAGGAUACAAGACAUUCCGUGACUGAGACCAAAGGAGUCACAAGCACAGAGCCAUGCAUAGUGACCAGGAUCUUCUGCUGCCCCAGGCCUGUGCUCCUCCAAGUAUGGUGUUCAAUGAGCCUGAAAUAAAUGUGGCCAUGCUUGAC